CUCUUCAAGAGGCACAUUUUCUUGUGCAGUUAAAAGCCACAAACGUCUUCAAUCUACAGAAGUUUGUGUUCAGGAUAAAAACUGCUGGAGAGUGAAUUAUGUCAGCAGGAGAAUCUGUGCUCUGGAAGGAUCUUCAGUCAACAUCACAAGUGAAUACUCACAUCCUGAUAACAUGAAGCCAGAGUUCAAAUGUUGGAGUAAAAAAUGGAGAAAAGAUAAAGUGGAAGUUGAAGAGCUGAUUGAGGCUGCAGGUCGUGUGGAAUAUCAGGACAACAUGAAGAACCAACACAUCCUGACCAUCAACAACCUGAAGAAGAAUGACUCAGGAGGAUACACAUUCAGAUUCAAGAGAGAUCAUGAAAGAUGGACACAGUCUGAUCUGCCUGGAGUCUUUUUGAUUGUCACAGAGCUGAGAGUGAAGAUGAGUCCUUCUGCAGUGGUGACAGAGGGUCAGAGAGUCACACUGACCUGCAGCACCAGCUGUCCUCUGACUGACAACACAAACUACAUUUGGUACUUGAACAGUCGACCUCUGACCCCGAGAGAGAACCAGAUCAAGCAUCUGAUCCUAGACCCAGUCAGCAGGGAGGAUGCAGGAAGCUACUCCUGUGCUGUGAAAACCAACAAAGAUAUCAGCUCUGCUCCAAAGACUCUCACUGUCCAAAGUAUCACAGGAAGGACACGAGGAGUUUCUGUAAUAGUUCUGGUUUCAAUAGUUCUCUUUUUCUUCUUUUUGAUUAGAAAAAAGAGGACUACGAGUCAGUCUUCCACAAACGAAACAUCAAACAACAUAGUGGAGCUAAAUCCUGAUCCUGCAUGUGAAGACGUCUUAGCUCAGCCACAGGUGGAGGAUGAAGUCCUCUACAGCAAAGUUCACUUCUUCAAAAACCACACAGAUCCUCUUUUUUCCACCAUAGAGACACUUCAGCCAAGAGAAGAGCAGCAUGCUGAUUAUGCUGCUGUGAAGUUUAGACAUGAAACGAGCUCUGAUGGAGAAUCUGUUGUCAUUUCAACAGAAACAGAUGACACUUAAAGACCUGCAGACGUACACUGCGGCGAACAAGCCUUUUAACAAACCUCUGCACCUCUCAUUUAAAUGUUUGUGCGUUGUACUUGAAUCUAUAUUUCACAUUAUUUAUACAU